GCGGCCAACAUGCCCGACUCGGAGCUGUUUGAGUUGAUCGCCGAGAACCGCAGCAUGUCGCGCAAACUGGAGGAUUAUGGAAACCAGAAGUCCACGUCCAUCAGCACAGCGAAGAGAUUGGCCGAGUUCCUGGGCGACCAGAUGGUCAAGGACACGGGUCUGUCCUGCCGGUUCGUCAUCUCCAAGAAGCCGGAAGGUUCCCCGGUGACGGAGCGAGCCAUCCCAUUGGCUAUCUUCCAGGCAGAGCCCACAGUGCGCAGACAUUACCUGAAGAAGUGGCUCAAGCUCUCCGACGCUUCUCACCUGGACAUCCGAGACAUCCUGGACUGGGAAUACUACGUGGAGAGGCUGGGAGGAUGUAUACAGAAGAUUAUCACUAUCCCUGCCGCACUACAGGCUGUUUCGAACCCUGUACCCCGCAUCCCUCACCCGGACUGGCUGCGGAAGAAAAUGCUGGAGAGAAAUGACGUGUUUAAGCAGAAGAAGAUCAGCGAGAUCUUUGCCCCUGCUGCUAAACCAGUGGUGCAG